AUGAGGAGCAUAUUGGAAGAGUCGAUGCUGGAAACGCGCAACAUGCCUCUCGAAAAUCGACCGCGACUUCCCCGCAUACCCCUUAGCAAGCGAAAUCGGGCUGUCGUGCGGGCUCUUAACCCAAUGCUGGUGACCUAUUUGGAAGCCAGCCGGGACCUUUGCGAGACGGAUUCAAUUCUUUUAGGCGCCGCACUGGCAGUAUGCCGUAUUAUUGGCGCCAAACUUCCCGUGGCUGGACGUGCUACUCAAAAAAGUAGCGCCAUCCCAGCCUGGAGAAAAAGAAUCGAGGACCGUAUCGCAAAGGCAAGGGCCCUUAUCGGCAGACUGACAAGCUUCAGGUCGGGUAAUAAUAGACCGAGGAUUAUGCGCACCGUUAGGAUGGCGUUUGCUGGGACAAAUAUCAGUUUGUCCCAGCCGGAUAUCACGCAAAAACUAACGGAGCGCAUAGAUGACCUGAAGCAAAAAAUCGCUGCUUGGGGGAAGCGGAUUCGACGAUUUAGCGAGAGGUCAAGGUGGUUCAACCAGAAUCGUCUCUUCCAGAGUGAUCAGAAGAGGCUCUAUAAAUCAUUGGAGCGACCAGAGGUAUGUGGAGCGGGCCCAGGACCGGAUCAGGCUGACACUGUCGCAUUUUGGCGUGGCCUGUGGUCAGAGCCCGUAAACCACAGCGAGGGCCCUUGGAUGGAAGUUGUGGCGAGCCAGAAUGCAAGUGUUACGCCUAUGGACCCCGUCGCCAUAACGCCUGAAGACGUGGCUGAGGCGGUCCGUAGGGCCCCGAACUGGUAA